ACGCGCGUCUGGCUCCCUCGUGUGGAGCUGGUGAGUAACCGCACCCUGGUCCGUCGCAGAAACAUCGCGCAGUGUGGUGCAUCAUCAACACCAGACGCACAACCACAAGAUCACCAACAGCAAUAAUGCUUUUCUACUCGUUUUUCAAGUCUUUGGUGGGGAAGGACGUGGUGGUGGAGCUCAAGAAUGACCUGAGCAUCUGUGGAACGCUUCAUUCUGUUGACCAGUACCUGAACAUUAAGCUCACAGACAUCAGUGUCACAGAUCCAGAGAAAUAUCCACACAUGCUGUCUGUGAAAAACUGUUUCAUCCGUGGAUCUGUGGUCCGAUACGUUCAGCUACCUGCAGAUGAAGUGGACACUCAGCUACUGCAAGACGCUGCACGAAAAGAAGCAAUGCAGCAGAAACAGUGAUUUAGCUGCAGGAUGGGGUUUGGUUCCGGGUGGGUGGUGGCGUGGAAAUUUUGUGACAGUUAAUAAUGAGUAGUUUAAGUUUUGAGUUGAUUUCAUUUAAAGGUAAUAAGUACAAUUUGUGCAGCUCUUGUAUGUAAGGAGUAUUGGUCAUUAGCCUCUGCCAUUUCUCAAGAAUUUAAUUGCAUUCCUGACAUUAGUGAUCAAUAUUUUACAGAACUGUAAUUAUUAUAAAUGUUCUUUACCUCACAGGCCCUAUAGGAGGCUUCAUUUGAUAAUGUCUUUUGUUUAGUUUGAAAGAAAUAGAACUAAAUGCAAUGUUGAGCCCAGCAGAGGUAAAAAUCUGUUGUAAUGUUUCUGUUGCAUAAUACGAGCUCUGUUGCUUAUCUUUACAAAAUUAUGACUUCAGGAUUUUUUUAUGCCACUUCAAAAAUAAAAAGCUAUUUUAUUUACAUUUUGACCAA